ACACACGACGAUGUUCCCGUAGAGUGCAAGCGGCGUGUACUUACGUGCGUGACGAACCGAUACGAAAACACGACGACAGAAUGGCGAACGAGGAGGUGUUAGGUCCUCGGAAGACGAUGUUUGUAUUAGUGAUUGUUGUGGGGUGUUUUGCGGUGUUGUGGCCCAGGAUCCUGUCCCCGCUGAUCUUGGGUCACACGCGGGAGCAGCUGAAGCCCAACCAGUUCGACCGGGAGGCAGGUUGUUGCGAGGUGAUGUUCGAGACUGAAGUAGCAUUACUGGAGCUGUUGAAUGAAGUCUGCAGCUCAGUUGUUCAUACAGACGGGAAACUAUCUCCUUACGCUGCAGCAGAAUGUAGGAAAACUGUAAACGAGACUUGUGGGGUGGACAUUGCCGCCUUCAUCAAACGAGAUGAAAACGUCGGCAAGACGACGAAGAAACUUCUAGAAAUGAUGAAGACAAGCAAUAGUUCCUGUCUUAAAGAACACUUUGGAGUGCCCCAAUGGACGAUCAGCAAUCACGUCGCGUUGAACUCCUGGACUCUACAAGACACCGUAAAGCAGGAGCGACCGCCAAUGCGUGCCGGGCCACAUCCAGCAUUACGUGAGAGAGGUCGAGCCAUACCACCUGGGGUGCCCCCAUCAACAAGAAGCUCGGUCACCAUGCCGCCUCACGUGAGGGUACGCUCGUCCCCCUUAGACGUGUACUUUGAGAUCGACAUCAAGCCGCCCCCGCUGCCUGGCGUGAGGCCUCCGCUUGGGUCACCUGGGGGCCCCGUAGCGGCCCCUAAGUCCUCUAUGGGGUUCGUCAUGCCGAUCUACACUAUAUGCAUCAUUAUCUUCUUCGUUUACACAUUGAGCAAGAUCCUGUUCAAACGCACAGGCGCCCCGGUUUACGACCCUAUCGUUCCUGACCCACAGUUCAGGAGGAGAGUAUUCCGUGACGACUCUAGGACUUCGCCCGAUAAGUUGGGGGACGAAGAGUUGGAGGCGUUACGUGCUCGGCUCGCGGAAACCGAACGCGCCAUGCAAAGGAUCGUCGGCCAGCUUGCGAAACGCGACGCGGAUCUGCAGGAUAAUCAUGCUCGUCCGUAUACCAAUGGAACUGUCCUUCAUAACACAGGCCCUGUGCAAAUUGUAGCAAGCGAAUAUAGGGAGAAAUCAAAAGAGAAAAGCCCAGAACCACCUAAAGAGCCUUCAGCAGAAUUGAAGGAGGCUGAGUCACAAGAGUCUAUCUCAGAGCCUGAACUGUGCACUUCGGAGGUACAUGAAGACAUCUCAGAUCAAACAGAAUUAAUAACAGAACCAAAGGAAUCAACCCCUGAACCAAAGGAAUCAACCCCUGAACCAAAGGAAUCCACUCCAGAACCAAAAGUACCCACUCCGAAACCACUGGAGCCAGAACCAAAUCACCCCAACCCAGAAUCAAAAGAAGCUCAAUUAGAUGAAUCUGUCCCAGAAUCUGAACCCAGAGAAAAUGCUCAAGAAUCAAAAGAAUUCCCUCACGAACUUGAAGAAUUAAACGUAAACUCAAGAGACUUAUUACUAGAGCUCGAAGAAGAUGACCACAGUGAUAGGAUGAUUUUAGAACACAAUGAAUUAAAAACAAAAGAACCCGUAGAGUUUAAUCAUAAAAAUGCAAAUAUAGAUCUUAUCAAGUUAACAGAGAACAUAGAAUCUAUAAAGGACACAGUAACGAAAUCAGUAGAGGAUUUCUUAGACGAUGCAAAGACAGAUGCUAAUAGUCAAGAACAUAAACAAUCUACGCCAGAGCUUCUAGAAGAAGCUCUUAAAGAAGGUUCUUCAGAAAAAGAGACAGAGAAUGAGGAAGAAGAGGAAAAAGCAGCUGUAAAGGUGGUAGGGAUGGAGUUGACGGCGCACACGGCCGACGGUGGCGAGUGGCGGCCGCCGCUCCCCGCCCCCGCGCCCGCCCCCGCCCCGCGACCGCACGUCGCGGAAGAAGUCAAAGCGAUAUACCUCGAGGGUGAGAUUCCGCAACAGUCACGUGUGCUCGUAACAGAGUUUGAAGAUAGUGCCCAAGACAAGCCCCCCACGAAAAAACACUCGCCGACGGUGGUUAGCGGCAAAAUGACGCUAUCUCUAAUACAAGACGCACCCAAGGACACACCCGAAAGAGAUCUAGAGUCUACUGUGGACGAUUUCACAACGGCGAGUGCUAUCACGCAGCCGGCUGAAGAGAAGGAAGAAGAAUCGGAAGACGAAGUGGAAGAGGAAAUAGAAGUGGAAGAGAUCGAAGAAGAAGUCGAAGAGGAAGAAGAAGAAGAAGAACCAUUGAAGCAAGAAGCUGUUCCGCAAGUACCAAGCAAAGAACAGGAGGCCGGCGAGGAGAAAUGAACUGAUAGGUAUAUACUCUAAGGUUGCGUUACUACGCUAGGGUUAUUGAACGGAUUUAAAUUACCUUAUAAAGUAUAUUUUUAAUUUUAAAUAUAUUUGUUCACUCAACAGCAUAUCGUGUUACCACAAAAAGCUCCGAACCUUCAAUUAAUAAAUUUGUGGCAGUUUUGCGUAACUUGACGUGCUGUCGACUGUCCAACGAGUGAUUUUAUACGUCUUAUAACGGUAGAUGUAUAAUUUUUUUUUCAAUACGUCUUUUAUAAAUAUGUUUAAAUGUAAUACUAAUUCGUAGUAAUGUAUUAAGAGAUCAAGUGGCGUGGCGUUUGUGGAAUUGAUUGAUAUAAUUUCGCUCUUAUGGUAAUAACUAAAACGAUUAUUAUUUAAAUUUUAAUUAUAAACAGCAAAAACUCAGGAAAUAACUGUGUUGACAUGCACAAAUAGCUGUACAUGUACAAAUAUAUCAAAUUUUUGAAUUUGAACUCUAUCCGCAAUGUUUUAGGGUUCUCAAGAAAAGAUAUUUGAAUUUUAUGUAACCUUAUGUGCUGUUGUAAGAUACAAAAUAAUUACUUGUGACGUCAGAAGGUUACCAUUAGUGUCGCACGUGAGUAAGGACAGGAAUCGUGCCAAAUCCAACCCCAGUAUCUAUGUUUAAAAAGGAACAUAUAAUAGUAAAUUGAUGACUCUUUUAAUUUGAGUCUAUCUUUCUAAAAAUGCUUAAAGUUGCGUUUAAAUGGUUACAUUGAAAGAAAUUAUGUUUUAAAUCCCUUGCUUACAAAACAUAAAAAAUGAGUGAUAAUUAACUAUGGAUACUGGUUCGAGAUUUUAUGGAACGCGUCACAGAAAGUUGAUCUCUAGUGUCCAAGAGAGAACUAUUAGAUUGUAACUUUGUAUUGAGGCUACUUCUAACGAAUGUCAAAACGCUUUGCUUUUCUUUGUCGUAAGAUUUUUUUUUUUAAUAUUAUUUGUGUGCAAUGUAUAAACUUUUAAACAGAGUUAUUUUUUAUAUGAAUGUGUCAUUAUACCUAUUAUUGUAAGUAUGUAUGUACAUUGUACAGUCAACAGCACGUCAGAUUAUACAAAUCUAUCAAGUUUUUUGAUACUUGGAUUGAGACUUUAAUGCGUUGAUUUUAGAAUUGAAAAUCAAUUGUGGUAACCUGUCGUGCUGCGGUGUGUACAGAAAUUUUUAUGUUAUUGUUUAAACGUAAUAAUAAAGAUUUCAAUCAGUCUGGUUUGUGUGCCAAAAUUAUUUCCAAUCGCUAUUUAUAAUAAUUGAAAUAAGUUAUUUAUUAUUACUCAUUACUCAGUAAUAUACUCAUUUUAUUAAACUAUUAUUAACGUAAGGGAAAAAAGGAAGUAGAAAAAUUUUGCAAUUUACUUUUCAAUUAAUGUGAGAAUUCUCUUUAAAAAAAAUUAUACUCGUUUGGAAAGUUUUUAUUUGUCUUCUGUUAAACCAUAAGUCUGUGAAUAAGCCAAAACUUUUUAUUAAAUAGAAAGCAGAUGUCCCAAUAUUGUAAUAUUUUACAUUUAUGAUAUUUUGGGCAUAAUAUUUAUAAGUAGGAUAUAUGAAUUUGCACUUGUUGAGAUUGAGGUAGACGUAAAAGUGCAUUUAAUAUUAAGUGCAAUUUAAAAAUGAUUUUUUAUUUUAUUAUUUAUUUAAUUUUUCGUUAAAAUGAUUCUUUUAAAAUAAUUUGAUAAAUAUUAUCACGUCACAGUAUACCAUUUGUUUUCCCGAGACUACGCCCGCGUAUAUUAUAGCCUAUGUCAUCCGCAUAUGAUUUUAGAUUAAAUAAUUUUUAAUAUCGGCCCAGAAGUAUCGGAGCUUAUUUAAUGUAAACAAGCAAUCAAAUCUUUCCAUUUUAUCAUGAUAAGUUGCAUUUACUUAUGCAACCAAAGCAUAGCAAUUUUUGCGUUGUAAUAAGAUUCUAUAUUUUUUUUAUACUGAGCAUUUUCUGUUGCAUAUAAAACUAUAUUUGACCUUUUAAUGUACAACAAUGAUACUGUGACGUGAUGUCGUUACGAAUAUAGUAUAGUGAAAUAUGAAUAACUGUAUUACUUAUAAUGAGAAUUGGAAAUAACCCAGCAUUUCUACACAUUUAAGACCUCUAGUAUCUGAGACCGUAGAAAUAAUGUAAAUGUUGAAUGAAUGUUACGUUUAACAACGUUACUUUGUAUAUUUUUAUAAAAAUAUAGUUUCAAAUCGUUCAGGUUUAAGUUUUAUCUUACAAUUUAGAUGUUAAAGAAAUUUGAAAAGAUAAUUUAAAAUUCUUUCGAAAAGUUACGCGAAAUUACGGUUUCUAAUAUUAGAUGGUAAUCCCAAAUCUAGCUUGAACAUUCCUCUUCUCAUUUUUGACUGCGUGAGUACACAAUAUUUGGUUACCCUACACCUACACAGUCUUGAGUCUUCUAGCAUUAACGUAAUAAUGGCAUCUUAUCACGUUUAAAAUAGAGUUCAAUUUUGCUGCUGUUUCAAGUCCAAUAUUAUUGCAAUGGCGUGUUCCUUUAUGGCAACAACACGGCCGUGUCUAGACUCCUCGUUUUUCUCAUACCGUGAGCAAUAAGACCUAUCUCAAAAACGUAUUUCAAUGUCAUUUUAUGUUAACGUUAGUAGAAACAAGGUUCUGAUAUAGAGUUUGUUUUUAUGGAGUGUGCAGUAAAAUUGUUAACGUUUAUUUCAAGUUUCUGCUUCAUUAUAGUAUGUAAUUAAGAUAACUACUCAAAUAUUGUUGAUAGUAGCAAAAGUUAACAUUUAACCGUAGCAUUUUUGUUGGUUGUUUAUUAUAUUGUUUUGUAGUUGUAAGAAUAAACGUG